UGUCCCCUCCCCCUCCCACCCCUGCCCUCACCACACACACACACACACACACACACACAGAGAAGUCAAGGGGAUGGAAAACGUGGACAAGUGCAUCCGCGCUUCACAAGACACGCUCUCCCGCCUCAAGACACGCCAGCCAAAGGUGUGGGAUGAGAUCCUCAAGGCAAUGGGCAAGUUCCAGGACGCAGUGGAAGGCCUGGCGGACGCAGCGAGCGACCUCGGCUCGGCGUUUUCCAAGGCGGCCAAGCUGAGCAACUCGGUGGAGAAGGUCGGCGGUGACAAAGUCGGCGAACUGGCCGGAGAGCUAGCGUCGGGCCUCAAGCGGUAUGGGUCGGCCCAGAAGGGCGUAGCGGCGCGGAUAUCAUCGGGCUUUGUGCAGCCGAUGCGGUCGCGGGCGUCCAAGUACAAGGGCAACACCAGCGAACUCGAGAGCAAGCACUCGAAGCAGACCAAGUCGCUCGGGUCGACGCUCACCAAGGCCGAGAAGGAGCUGGAAAAGUGGCGGAAGAAGCGGGCAAAGGGCAAGGGCGACCAAGAGACGCUCGAGCGUGCAGAAUCUGAGCACGCCGAGUCCAAGGCCAACAUGAUUGCUUUCCAGACCAAGUUCCUCAACAAUGUCGUCAUCGAGGAGCACCGCAGGUUCUGCUACAUGCUCAACCUUUACGCCUCGGUGGCAGAGGUCCAGGUUGCUGCCGCUGAUGGCUUUGCUUCGACGCUCCGCGCCAUCGGCCCGCGCAUGGCUCACCUUGACCCGACAACCACGUCGGUCCGCGUGCCCGAGGCGCCGCCGGCGCCCGGCCAGCCGUCGCAGAUCCAGGUGACGAUGAAGCCGAGUCCACCGGCCACCGCAGACGCGCCGGCGACGCCGGCUGACUCGGCCAUGUCGUCGUACUCGAACGGCUCGCCCGCCGGCGAGCCAGCGCCAGGCCUGACUCGUGCGUCAUCGACGAGCCACCUCGGCAUGCCACCAGCCACGGGCUCUAUCGGUGGCGGUGCAGGCUCGAAUUUCUCCUCGCUCUCCUCGUUUUCCUCGGCCAACUCGGGCACCGCCUUUGACUUUACUGGUGGCUCCGCGGGCGCAUCGAGCGGGGCAAACCCCUCAGCCACCACCGCCGGCAUUCCUCCCGAGCUCGCCACCUUUUCCAAUCUUGCCGCCCCGCCGCCGCUCCAGUCGUACAUGAUGCCAAAGGACUCGGUCCUCGGCCCCGACGGCAUGCCCGCUGUCGGCGCCCCGCCGCCGCUCUCCUCGUACUCUAACAUCACCGGCAUGCCUGGUGGGAGUGGGUACGGCAUGCCUGGCGGAGGGCCACCGACUCCUAGCGCGACGGCCGGCCUCCCGCCGCCGAUGCCCUCAGUCAUGGGUGGGGUCGGGCCUGGAGGUGCUGCUGGUCUCCCGCCGCCAAUGGCCUCGGUCAUGGCCGGCCCGGGCGGGGUCGGGCGUGGAGGCGCCGCCGGACUCCCGCCGCCGAUGGCCUCAGUCAUGGGCGCCCGAACCGAUGCCACCGCUGGCCCGCCACCGCCGCUCGCCUCAUACAUGCAGACUCAGUCCGACGGCGGCAUGACUGGCGGACCGCCGCCGCUCAACUCGUACAUGCAGACAACGGCCCCGCAGCCGCCGCCACGGCAUUGA